UCGCCGUGUGCACACACGCUGCGACGAGACCGCGUCGGACUUUUGCCCCGGUUCGCGAAACCAACGCGUGUUAACAAGAGUGUUCUACCUUUUUUAUUAUCUCUGGUGUUUGCUCUCUCUCUCUCUCUUUCUCUAUCUUCCUCUCUGGCCAGCUAGUUAGCUAGUAUCGUCGGACUACUCGAGAUUCGUGAAAGGCGAAUCGCGGCGUGGUUGUUGUGUUGGCGACAGCGACGCGGACUGUGAGGAGUAAUCGUGUCAGUCGGUGCACCCUGCGCGUCACGUGACGACCGCGACCGCGACCUAUCGCAAGCGAAGAGGAGCCAGAGUGUUCAGAGCCUGCACGCGGCAACUCUCCAACGCCGCAGGGAUUUUUCGUGGGUGGAGCGUGGUGAUCGAUAGCGCCCUGAAGUGCGGCUAAACGGGUCGUCGUCAAGAGAUCUGAUGUAACGCUGUUGAGCGAUCUGGUGGGCCGUGCACAGGGGCAGAAUGAGGGGUGGUAGUAGCGACGUCCCUGCCAUGGUCACCGUGCCUGCAUCCGCGUCACUCAACGUCAUGACGGGCGACGACAGCAUGAGCGACGACGUGUUCGAGGUGGAAGACGACGCCUGCACGGUGGCCUCGAGCGGUCUAACGCCGAGGUCUACUGGCCAACCUUUGACCACCACCCCCUCACCGACCGGAUAUCGAGACUACAAGCCACCAGCGGAAGUGUUGGACGAUAACUAUGGCUACUCGUCCAGGGGCUACGACAGUGUGAGGAGUAGUUUCAAGAGGACCAAAGAGGAAGACACUGCCUUUGCGCACAAGACAAUCCUUCUGGGCGACAGCGGUGUGGGCAAAACGUCCCUGCUCGUUCAGUUCGACACCGGCAGAUUCCAGCCGGGAAACUUCGCGGCCACCGUCGGCAUCGGCUUCACGAAUAAGGUGGUCGUCGUCGACGAUACGUCAAUCAAGCUUCAAAUAUGGGACACAGCCGGACAAGAGAGAUUUCGAAGCGUCACGCAUGCUUAUUACAGAGACGCCCAUGCUCUUUUGUUGCUGUACGACGUGACGAACAAGACGAGUUACGACAACAUCAGAGCAUGGCUAAGCGAAAUCCGGGAACACGCGAACGAGGAUGUGGUCAUCAUGCUGUUGGGCAACAAGUCCGACUGCGGAACGGAACGAGUAGUAAAAAGAGAAGACGGCGAACGAUUAGCGCAAGAAUACAAAGUCCCCUUUAUGGAAACAUCAGCUAAAACCGGCCUGAACGUUGAAUUGGCCUUCUUGGCCGUUGCUAGGGACUUGAAGGCGAGGAAGAGCAACGACCCAGAUGAUACGAAAUUCAACGUGCAGGAUUACGUUCGUCAGCAAUCGCAACGGAACUCCUGCUUCAAUUCCAACUGCCUGACAACCUGAAUUGCGCGAUAGCCCUGCGCACACACUUCCCUGCGAUAGACGGAGAAGAAUGGUGGAACAUGGACCGGAACUGGUUGGCCAUAAAUAUGGCGCGAAACUGUCGUGGGCGUUCAAGAAUUCGUCCUCUCCCCCCCUGUGAUUCAGGAUCGAUAAUCAUCGAAACGUUACCUCGUCGCGGAUGUCAUUCGUAAAAACAAGACGCGAAUUUUCGUAGCUUUGCAGUUUGCCAAACGAGAUCGGAACGAAAUCGAACGAAACGUAACAAUCGAAUUGAAAAUGUAAUUUUUCAUUUCUCACUAGAGAGAGAGAGAGAGAGAGAGAGAGAGAGAGAGAGAGAGAGAGAGAGAGAGAGAGAAAAGAAAGAAACAUAUGUAGAAAACGUGAGUCGAAGUAACGUUUCUGUUCCACCAGAAGAGUAUCUUUGUCGAGGCAUAAACGAGAAUUAUAUAGAUGAAUAGGAAGUUGAUAUUUUUUGAAAGAGAUCGUAUAGGAAAACUCUUGUUGACGAUACGUGUAUAGAAAUUUAUUUAUCGAUGGUUAAUCCUGUACUGUACAUUAAUGUGAAUAGCUGACGCGGAACAGAGAUCCGCGAGAUACAUAUAUAUAUAUAUAUAUAGAUUUAGAGAAUCUCUCGAGGGUUCUAAUUUGCACACUGUUUCGAUCGUUACGAAAAUAGAAAGAGAAAGGAAAUUAGAGAAAAUCUUUGAGAAGAAAUUGUAUUUGAAAAUUUGGCAUCGAGAUGGAAGCUCACCAUGUACCAAGUAGAUUCGCGGUCCUAGAAUGACCGACGUGUAGAAGAGCUUUCCGAAAUACACCAUAGCUGCCAUAUAUACAACACGUUUCGUCAAAAAAAGAAAAAAAAAAAAAUAGAAAAA